GGCUGUCAGGCUGAGCGCUUCUACCAAAGGAUUUACUAUUUCUUAUUUUUUAGGUCUUAGACAAAACAAGAUUGUUUUAAUACCUCACUUCCUGUCUGUCUCGUCUCUUGUUCUACAGAAAAGCUGAAACCUUGCUGACUUGGAAAAAUCAUGACAAUUGGAAAAAGCUCCAAGAAGCUAAAGGCUCCUAGGUCUUCUCCUUUCCUAGAUCAAGACAAAGGACCCUAUGGACGUUUACAUGAACCAGAAACAGGGUUUGGGACAGAGGUGCAGAUUACAAAGAAACAAGCAUCAUUGGCAGGAGAAGAGAACAGCAGAGCUUUUCCAGACGAUCACGAGCCCUGUGUGUCUGAUUUCAGCGAAGGCAUGAUGGAGGACGAUGGGACCACCCUGCUGAAGAGGAAGCCAAGCCGCCUGAGCCGGCGCUGGAGCAGGAAAAGCUCCAGGAGGACCAAGUCUGAUAAAUCUUCAGAGCAGACAGACAUGCAAAGCACCAAGACUGAAGUGGCUCCUUCUAUGAACUCAAACCUGGAUGUGGACUUAGCAACUCAGCCUGAAUCAGGAUCAGGCAGCAGAGCUCCAGAACCCAUGCUAAUCCACUUCUCCAUAAGAGAGGACGCUGACGAUCAGAAACUGAUUCCAGAAGGAGAGGAGAGGCAAAAGGAGACGGAGGAGAAAAUGAAAGAAGUUGACAAAUUAAACGUAGAGAACAUGAAGGUCAUUAAAAGGAGCUCUAUUAGGAAUUAUCGCAAGGUUUUGGAUAAAGCACUUCGACGAGGAUGGGAGACUUUCGUUACUAACUUGUACAGUGUGACCCUCUCUCCUGUGCCCUCCUCUGGGUCCUCACCAAACAAGUCUGAAAUGGACAAGAAGGCUGCUCUGGCAGAUUUUAGAUUAUAGCCAGUUAUAAAUAUGAAUAUAAAUUAUUUUGUGCAUUUUAGUUUUAAUUGACUUAAAUUG